CCGCAAUAUUAGGAACAGCUUGACUGUCCUGGCAAAAUCUCAGCAAGCCCAGUGACGUCACCAGACUGCCAACGUUGGCCACCGAAAAGAGGAAAGUUUGAAAAAAAAACGCCGGCAUAAUAUGAUCCUAAACAACCAGAAUAGUAGAAAUGCUUCACAUCGAGGAGACUUUCGAUCAUGUGAGAUUGGUGACGUUCCUCUCAUCUCAUUUGCAUUCUGUGGCUGUGGCUGUGCUGUUUUGUAUGUGCCACAAUGGGGAACUUGAUCAAAGUGCUGAGCAGAGACAUUGACAACAACGCCGGAAACUUCUUCUUGGACUUUGAGAAUGCGGAGGCGUCGUGGUCGGAGAAGGAAGUCUGGGAGAAGGUGAACGAGGUGCUGAAGGAGGCUCGGGUCAUCCUGGACGAGCUGCAGGCGUACGCGGGAGCCGGAGAGGACAUCCGACUGGCCAUCCAGAGUCCGAGCGAGGAGGGCGUUCAGGAGAGGGCCUGGUCCGCCGUCCUUCCUCUGGUCGCCAAACUCAAACGCUUCUACGAGUUCUCCCACAAGCUCGAGGUGAGUCUGAGGUGUCUGCUGGACAUCUUCACCAGUCCCGAAGCUCCGCCCACUCAGCAGCUGGAAAACAAGCAGGCGCUCGCCAGGCAGUUUGCGCUCAUCCUGCACUUCACGCUGCGCUUCGACGAGCUCAAGAUGACCAUCCCAGCCAUCCAGAAUGACUUCAGUUACUACAGGCGCACAAUCAGUCGCAUGCGAAUCAACAACUUGUGUGGUGACGCGGACACGGAGGUGAACAACGAGCUGGCCAAUCGCAUGUCUCUGUUCUACGCUAGUGCCACGCCCAUGUUGAAGACGCUCAGCGACGCCACCAUCAAGUUUGUCUCUGAUAAUCCCGAGAUCCCCGUGGAGAACACCACCGACUGUCUGAGCACCAUGGCCGGCGUGUGCAAAGUCAUGCUGGAAACACCGGAGUACAGAAGUCGUUUCACCAGUGACGAGACGUUGCUGUUUUGUCUGCGCGUGAUGGUGGGCGUCAUCAUCCUCUACGACCACGUGCACCCGGCGGGAGCCUUCGUCAAGACCUCCAACAUCGACAUGAAAGGGUGCAUUCGGGUGCUCCGGGAGCAGCCGGCGAGCAGCGUGGAAGGUCUCCUGGACGCGCUCAGGUACACCACUAAGCACCUGAACGACGAGGCCACGCCCAAACACAUCAGGAACAUGCUGAGCAACAACUGAACGGCAGCGCCGCCUCCUGCUCGUCCUUCUCAACUACUGAGCAUUUCAGUUGGGUUUUUUGUAGACUUCUUCUUCGGUCCAAAGUGUUCCUACCUCUCCCGCCGCUGCCAUCUUUACCCACAAGCCAGUGCGACUGGCGCGGUGGACUUUCGCGGCAAGCUAAUGCUAGGCUAGGCUAGCUGCAAAAAUGCAUGUUUGGACCAAUCAUCUCAAACAUGAGGAACACAUGAACCAGCUCAUUAAUUAUUCAUUAGGCUCGUGAGUUGGAUUUUUUUAAUGUGAUGAUUAUGUUUUGGACUAAUAAAGUUUUUUAUAUCUCUUUGUUUA